AAAUUAAGCAUCCAAUAAUUUGCCUGUUUUCUGGAAGGGAAAUGGCAGUGGGUUGGGCUUGGGGCGCGUAAACGACGUGUGUUCCUCAAAUGCCGUAACAAACAAAAUUGCAAUGAAAUGAAUAAACUCUGAUCUCAUUGCCAAUCAAUCCGCUUUCCAUUCUCUUUCUCUAUAAAAGUUUCUCUCUAACUUCCUGAAUCGCCAUUUUUCCCCCUUCUAUCUCUCACACACAUCAAACAUCGAUCCUUGUAAGUGGAAGCUCCUGUAAUCUUCCUUUCAUGGCGUCGGAUAAAGGUCCGCCUUUGCCCAAGUUUGGUGAGUGGGAUGUAAAUGACCCUGCCUCAGCUGAAGGAUAUACUGUCAUAUUUAACAAGGCAAGAGAUGAGAAGAAGACCAAAAAUGAUGCUCCUACAAAAAUCACAUCCCCAAGAAAUGAUGCUGGGCGCAAGGACGAUGACUCUCAUCAGAAUCCUCCGAAGGUACAUGUUUUGAAUGAGAUGAUGGAGUCCACUUAUGUGAAAACAACUGAAUUAUGUGAAGUGAACCGACUAAUCCUCUCUUCAAAAUAUUGCCGUUUAGAUCCAAAAGCAUGCUUUUCCAGUUUACAAUCUUCCAAAUUUACUCCUUGUCAUUUCCCAUCUAGAGAUUCUCAUGCGCUUUUUCCUAAGCCACCUUCCUCCCUCUAAUCUAUUGUAUUUGGAUCCGACCCUUCCUCGUCUAGCUAUGGUGACGAUGAUUAGAGCCAAACGCCCAGCCAAGAGGAGAUGGUGACAAGUAGAGCUUGGUCUUUGUUCUACUAAUUUCUUGGUUUCUUUUACCCAUCUGGCUGACUAGCGACAGCUCGGCUUCUCCAUGAUAUAGGAUUGAAGUUUUGUUUUGAUAACUGGAUGUUGCGUUUCUUUCAAAUUUUCUUGUGCGCUGCUUGUUGACACUCUUUAUCGUUGUAUUCUGGGUUUUUGGCGAUGUUGUAUUCCGGUGCUUUGAAAUUUUCAUGCGCUGUGUGGUGAUAUCUUCUGGGAUUUUUUUAGAGAACUGAAGAUCCAAAACAAACUAAACAAAAAAAUUUCAGACUUGAUUUAAUUCAAUUUUCCAUACAUUUCGAUUCUAUUGUUUCGGUUUGGAAUGAUCGAUUGUACACCCAUUUU